AGGCAUCAAAUCAUCCGUAGCAUUCGUUGAAAGUGUUACCAGUUAUUCGAAUCAAUCCAAAAUGAAUACUUUGUUGUGUGCAACCGUAGUUAUUGCUGUCUUUGGCGCAAUCGCUUCAGCUUAUCCAUCGUUUGACGAAGUGGAGGACGCAUCUUGGAAUCGCAUUCCGAAAACUUUUGUUACGAGCUCAGACAUGGAAAUUGAAAAUCAAGACGAAGUAAAGCCAUUGGAACACGACCGCAGUCGUCGAUCACCGGGAGACGAUCGAACGAAAAUCUAUGCCGAAGGCAGUCACGAUCGCAGAGGAGGCAGCAAUAUCUAUGUGCAAGGACAGCAUCGCGUGUGGCAGAGCCAAGACAAGAAGAAUGAAAUUCACGCCAACGGACAGUUUGGCCAGCACUUUGGUGGACCAGGUGGUCGGUCACCACCAAGCUAUGGCGGUGGCUUGACAUACAGUCGUCGGUUUUAGAGAAACUGGAUAGAGCUUGAAGUUGGGAAAACAAAAUUAUAGAAAGAUAAAAGAAAAAUUGAGCUUUCACCUAAUUGAUUUUGUUUU